AUGCACAGCAACCUCUCCCCCGAGCCGUCAGUGGUUACCAUACAGGCGAACGGCGAGCCGCCGCUCAAGAAGCCUAAACUCCAUGGACGAGCAUUCUACGAAAACUUAGGCAGCCCGAAACUGAUUCUGGCACCUAUGGUGGACCAAUCCGAGUUUGCAUGGCGCAUGCUCUCCCGCUCGUUCUUCCCUCCCGAACUACGCAGCAGCCUCCUCGCGUACUCGCCGAUGCUCCAUUCCCGGCUCUUCGUGAAGGAAAGCAACUACCGAGCGUCGAGCUUCCAGCCGCUGAAGACCGCGAUCCCCGAGCCGUCGGAAGGCAAUUCGCCGCCGAACCCGGACGAAUGGCACCUGGAUGGCAACCCGAAGUUUGAUCGGCCGCUGUUCGUCCAGUUCUGCUCGAACGAGCCGGACGAUUUCCUCGGCGCCGCGCGGUAUAUUCAGCGGUACUGCGAUGCAGUGGACCUGAACUUGGGGUGUCCGCAAGGGAUCGCGAAGCGGGGGAACUACGGCGCGUUCUUGCAGGAGGACUGGGAGAAGAUCCACGCGCUGAUCAGCGCGCUGCAUAAGGAUCUGGAUAUACCCGUGACGGCGAAGUUCCGGGCGCAAGAAACCAAAGAGAAGACGCUGGAGUAUGCGAAGAUGAUCUUGAGCGCGGGAGCAAGCAUUAUCACCGUCCAUGGGAGGCAGAGAGAGCAGAAAGGACACAAUACUGGACUAGCGGAUUGGUCGAUCAUCAAGUACCUGCGCGACAACCUCCCACCGGAGACCGUGAUCUUCGCGAACGGCAAUAUCCUCCAAUACCAGGACAUCGCUCGAUGCUUGGAGGCGACCGGUGCCGACGGCGUCAUGAGUGCCGAAGGAAAUCUAUCGGACCCUUCCAUCUUCGCACCCCCUCCAGUGGGCGACGAUAAUCCCGAGUACUGGCGCGGCGUCGACGGCGAAGGCGGCUGGCGCGUCGACGCCGUAUUCCGUCGCUAUAUGGACAUCAUCCACCACUCUGUCCUCGGGGUCGCCCCUCCCCCCCGCGCCCCGCUCUUCGAUCCCCGCGCUCCCUCCUCCCCCCAAUCCACCCCGUCGACCGCCUCCCCCGGCGCGGAAACGGAACCCUCCGAACCUCCCCUAAAAAAACAGCGCCGCACCGACCCACCCGCGAAACCCAAAAAGCAAAAACGCUGCCACGAGCCGAACUUGGUCGCCAUGCGCUCCCACCUCUUCAGCCUCCUCCGCGCACUCGUCUCCGAACACCACGACAUCCGCAACGCCCUCGCCCGCACCCAAACCGCCGACGUCGACAGCUACGAGCGCGCCCUGCAAAUGGUCGAGAAGGCCGUCCGCCAGGGCCUCGUCGACUAUGAGGCCUCCCACGCGGCCGCGCGCACCAACGGUGCCCAACCACCCCCGGCGAACGCCGACGCGCCUAUCGACGACUCCACUGAGAGCUCCCGCGGCGCGAUCGAGCGGUGCGACCGGCCGUGGUGGAUCUGCCAGCCGUAUAUUCGGCCGCUGCCGCAUGAGGCGGUGGAGAAAGGGUCGUUGACGUUAAGUAAGAAGGAGAAGAAGCGGCUGGCGGAGCAGGGGCAAGUGGUUGCGAAUGGCGCGGAGAACGGUGCAUGCGACGUGCAGGCGCCGACGGAAAAAAUCGCGGUGGACGAGGUUGUCCAGCCGGCGGUGGCGGCGACUGGGUGA